UUGAUCUUUCUGAGCUGUAGAGAGAAACAAUGGCGUACUUGAGCAUGGGAGAGGCGCACAGAAGAAUCAACGACUACCUGAACCGCUUCUGCGACGCCGUUUCAAACCAGGACGGCGAUUUACUCACCCGCCUCCUUUCUCUCUCCUCCAACAACCCCUCCAUUCUCUCCCUCGCCGACGCCCUCAACGUUUUCCAGGACGCGAAUCAAUUGAUCAAGCAGAACGACGACUACGCUCAAUUCGGCGAGAUUCUGGUCCAUCUCUUCCGUGCUUUCCAGGCCUUCCGAGUCGGGAGCUUCGUCGAUACGUACCAAGCGUAUGAGAAAGCCACAAAUGCUUUUACUCAGGAGGUUCGGAACUGGGACUCCAGUUGGGCCUUGCAACCAUUGUAUGUGAUGAUUUAUGAAGUCAGGGUUCUAGCUGAGAGGGCUGAUAAGGAACUGUCGAUGAAUGGAAAGUCGCCGGAGAAGUUGAAGGGAGCCGGCUCUUUCCUUAUGAAAGUGUUUGGGAUUCUCGCUGGAAAAGGACCAAAACGUCUAGGAGCAUUGUACGUGACUUGCCAGUUGUUUAAAAUUUACUUUAAGCUUGGUACAGUUCAUCUUUGUCGCAGUAUCAUAAGGAGUAUUGAAACUGCACGUGUAUUUGAUUUUGAGGAAUUCCCUAACAGAGAUAAGGUUACCUACAUGUAUUAUACUGGCCGUCUAGAGGUUCUCAAUGAAAAUUUCCCUGUUGCUGAUGAUAAAUUGUCCUAUGCGUUAAGGCAUUGCAACCCUUAUCGUGAAGCAAAUAUAAGGAUGAUAUUGAAAUAUUUGAUUCCUGUCAAGCUUUCAAUUGGCAUCAUACCAAAUGAUGGGAUCCUGCAACAGUAUAACUUGGUGGAGUAUAGGAAUGUCGUGCUAGCUCUAAGAAGAGGUGACCUCCGCCUUCUUCGGCAUGCUCUUCAAGAGCAUGAAGACAGGUUCUUGAGAUCUGGUGUAUAUCUUGUCCUAGAGAAACUGGAACUUCAGGUGUAUCAGAGAUUGUUGAAAAAAAUUUACAUUAUCCAAAAACAAAAGGACCCAAGCAAAGCUCACCAGCUGAAGUUGGAAGUAAUUGUCAAAGCAUUGAAAUGGCUUGAAAUGGACAUUGAUGUGGAUGAGGUAGAAUGCAUCAUGGCAAUACUAAUAUACAAAAGUCUGGUAAAAGGUUACUUUGCACACAAGAGUAAGGUUGUGGUUUUAAGCAAGCAAGAUCCUUUCCCCAAGUUAAAUGGAAAGCCUGUCAAUUCAUAGAGAAAAUUGUGGGAAGGAGUUUUGAUUUGACCUGGUCGUUAAUGGUGUGCCGCAUUCCACAGGAUCAAACCUUUUUUUAACAGGGUGCAACUUAUAAGUAAUGAUGUGAAUGCUCGGAGUCUGAUCCUUGAGCAUUGUUUGUCCCGCUCUUGUAUCAAGUCACAUGAGGUAGCUAAGUUAUGGUAGCAAUGUUAGGAGUCCUGUAAUUUUAGGUAGUGCCUUUUUGAAAAGCUCACGGUAAUGUUAUAGUUAUGGACUCGCGGCUCAUUAUUCACUUCAAUUAGUUCAAUAUAAUGAACCAAGUAUGUAGUUCACAAGUGAAUGAUAUCCUCAAUGGCACUUGUUCCAGUUC